CGGCCGGUCCCCGGUGGCCCUGAGUGGCUGCGGGGCCUGAGCCAGGCCCGGCCUGGCCGCUCCCAGCGCCCUGCACCGCAGGCCCAGCGCUCACCCCACCAAAUCGCCGAACCUGGUUCACAGACUCAUUUACUCAUUCCGCAGAUAGGUCUGAGGGCCUCCCAUGGGCCACGCGGGGGGAUUCAAGGUGGCUGGGAUAUUCCCCUGCUCUAGAGGCGCUCGCAAGUUAGCGGGGACACUGUUACCGCAAUUAUAACACAAUGUAACAAGUGCCUCUACCAGGUGCUUGCUGAGAUCAUGCCAGCAAGCAUGUUCUGCCUGGAGGACCUAGGGCCCCACAUUGAACUGGGGCCUGGGGGAUGCAUAAGUUUGUCACGUAAGGGGCACGUGCAAGAAAGGAAGAUGUGCAAAAAAGGGAGGAGGAGGCAUUUCACGGAGAAGGAAACGGAGUGGAAGCAGCCUGAGGCCCUCACCCAAUGCAGAUGCCUGUGCCAUGCGUCUUGUCCAGCCUGCAGAACCAUGAGCCAAAUAAACCUCUUUUCACUACCCAAUAUCAGAUGUUUCACAAAGCACAAGAACGGGCUGAAGUUCCCCACCUCUCUGCACAGCCGGCGGUUGGUAUUUCCAAGAAAGGGGCUGGACGACUUCAGGAAGGGCUGCCCGCCUUGCACUGGUCUGGUGACUCAGGUCCCUGUGGAGGGCUUUCUGCCCCAGAUUUAUCACAGAGCUCCCCAACUGGCCCCAAAGAAGAGGCAGAUCAAGCUGCUCAAGGAAGCAGACCUGCUUUCCAAGCUCUCGCCAGCCCAGCAGGCUCGGAAGGCAUUCCUGGAGGACGUGGAGGCCCACCUGACCCCACAUCCCUUGGCGCUCUACCCGAAUCUGGAAGAAGCUAUGCCCAUAGAGCUCUUAUUAAAGGUGCUGGAAGUGCUCGAUCCUGACCGGAAGUUGGAGGACACAUGGGCUUAUUGUCAGGACACCAGGAAAGGAAUGAAGGAACCUACAAAGCUUUUUAAAAAACAUUCUACCCAAGUCUACCUGGGACCUUCCAAGAAGACUUCUGUGUCAAAUGCAGGCCAAUGGCUUUAUGAAGAAAAGCCACAUAAAAUGGAUUUGCUCCAUGAAAAUGGUCCUCGUCCUGGUCUUCAUGAAAACGUACACAAAGCAGUUAGUGACUUCUGCAACUGGCUUACUACUUUUGGAAUUUCGGACAUUGAUGAAGAGUUCAUCUUGAAACAGUUUGACAUUGACUAUGAGACCAAACCAAGCCAUGAUGCGCUCCACACGAUGAAGCUAAAUCAGGUUCCUCUGGAGCUAAAGCCUAGUGUGGGGCUCAGUAAACUGCAGGAGCCAGAGUUCUUCCAGAAACUAGGCUAUGAGAGGAAACUCCAGAAACCACAGAAUCCUUAUAAGCCAAAGUGGGUGAAGAUGAGGUAUGGAGCGUGGUAUUUGAACCCCAAGUUGUGGAAAAAGCAAAGAGCAGAUGAGCCUCUGGUUGACCCUGAGGUCUCACAUAAAGCUCAAGAGGAGAAUUUUAAAAAGGAGCUGCAGGAACAGGAGGAGUUACUUGCAGAUCUUCACGGAACAGUUGCCUUUAAGGAUUUCAUUCUAAGCAGGGGCUACAGGAUGCCACGUUUCCUUGAGAAUAUGUAUAUCGGGAAGGAAUGUAAACGUGAAUGUAAUAAAACUCCUAUAAAACGAACUCAAGCAUAGAAGAAUCGUAGGAGAAUGAUUAGGCAGAUUUUAUUACUACGUACUUGGCUAUUUCUCUGUCUCCUUUUAAAGAUUAAACAGAAUUUAUGGUAAGUGUCCCACUGUGGAUGUUCAACUUUGACUUGGCAACAUCUGUAAAUGUAAUACCUGAUGGUUAUAAACAUUUCUCAAUGGAUUUCUGCUUCAGUUAAUCAACAUUUUGUAUACUUUAUCACCCACGAGAUCAAUAUUCACACGUAGUCUUCUCAUAUUUUUGUAGCACGUGAAUAUUACAUAGGUAUAUUAACUAUUGGUAAAAAUAAAUAAAGGCAUAAAUAAAAACAGAAUUACUCUAUUGCCUUUUUCCCAGGUUUUUCCCCUGGUAUUGAAUGAGUACCUCCUUUCCUCUUCCUUUACAAUAUUGUUUUCUUUCAUUUUGAAUUAAAUUUACUGAGAUAUUUUUUCCUUUUGUCCACAUUGCCCUGGGUGGAUAUGGUCUGUUUGGCCCCGUUAAAUCUUAUGUUGCAGCUUGAUCCCCAGUGUUGGAUGUGAGGGCUGGUUUGAGAUGUUUGAGUCACGGGGGUGGGUCCCUCGUGAAUGGCUUGGUGCCGUUCUCACAGGAAUGAGUGAAUUCUCACUCUUAGUUCCUGUGAGAACUGGUGAUUGUAAAGAGCCUGGCUCCUCCUCUUCUCUCUUGCUUGUUCUCUCACCAUGUGAUGUCUGCACAUGCUAGCUCUCCUUUGCCUUUUGCCACGAGUGGAAAAAUCCUGAAGCCCUCACCAGAAGCAGAUGCUGGCACCAUGCUUCUUGUACACCCUGUAGAGCUAUGAGCCAAAUAAAUUUCUUUUCUU